AUGGCCGAGUCUCCCCGCCGCGCCGCGGGCCGGCGACUGCAGCUGCCCCUGCUGUGCCUCUUCCUUCAGGGCGCCACCGCCAUCCUCUUUGCGGUCUUUGUCCGCUACAACCACGAAACCGACGCAGCCCUCUGGCACCGGGGCAACCACAGUAACGCGGACAAUGAAUUUUACUUUCGCUACCCAAGCUUCCAGGAUGUGCAUGCCAUGGUCUUCGUGGGAUUUGGCUUCCUCAUGGCCUUCCUGCAGCGUUAUGGCUUCAGCAGCAUGGGCUUCACCUUCCUCCUGGCCGCCUUUGCCCUGCAGUGGUCAACACUGGUCCAGGGCUUCCUCCACUCCUUCCACGGUGGCCACAUCCAUGUUGGUGUGGAGAGCAUGAUCAACGCCGACUUCUGCGCCGGGGCAGUGCUUAUCUCCUUUGGUGCUGUACUGGGCAAGACCGGGCCUGCACAGCUGCUGCUCAUGGCCCUGCUGGAGGUGGUGCUGUUUGGCAUCAACGAGUUUGUGCUCCUCAGCCUCCUGGGGGUGAGAGAUGCAGGAGGCUCCAUGACUAUCCACACGUUUGGUGCCUACUUUGGGCUGGUCCUCUCAAGGGUCCUCUACAGGCCCCAGCUGGAGAAGAGCAAGCACCGCCUGGGUUCAGUCUACCAUUCAGACCUCUUCGCAAUGAUUGGGACCAUCUUCCUGUGGAUCUUCUGGCCCAGCUUCAACUCUGCUCCCACGAUGCUGGGGGAUGGGCAGCAUCGGACAGCCCUCAACACGUACUACUCCCUGACUGCGAGCACCCUCAGCACCUUCGCCUUGUCAGCCCUUGUCGGGGUGGAUGGGCAGCUCGACAUGGUCCACAUCCAGAAUGCAGCACUGGCUGGAGGGGUUGUGGUGGGAACAUCAGGUGAAAUGAUGCUGACACCCUUUGGGGCUCUGGCAGCUGGCUUCUUGGCUGGGACUGUCUCCACGCUGGGGUACAAGUUCUUCACGCCCAUCCUUGAAUCAAAAUUCAAAGUCCAAGACACAUGUGGCGUCCACAACCUCCAUGGGAUGCCAGGGGUCCUGGGGGCCCUGCUGGGGGUCCUUGUGGCUGGGCUGGCCACCCAUGAAGCUUACGGAGAUGGCCUGGAGGGUGUGUUUCCACUCAUAGCCGAGGGCCAGCGCAGCACCACAUCUCAGGCCAUACACCAGCUCUUUGGGCUGUUUGUCACUCUGAUGUUUGCCUCUGUGGGCGGGGGCCUUGGAGGGCUCCUGCUGAGGCUGUCCUUCCUGGACUCCCCCCAAGACUCCCAGUGCUAUGAGGACCAGAUUUACUGGGAGGUGCCUGGGGUACAUGAGGAUGAGGCUCGGGGACCUCUGAAGGUGGAAGAACCAGACACUCAGGCCUAACCUGCUCCAGUUCCUGAC